CCUCCAACUCUACAUGGGACACAAACGAGGUCAUAUUCCAUGAGAAAAUGGCGGCUUCGGAUGGCUCGGAGGAAAGGUCUGACAAGUUCGAUAGCUUUUUGAUAGAGGUUAAAGCGAUAGAAAAAAGGGAUUCAGAACUGACUAGUGAUAAGCAAAUCGAAAGACUUACAAAAUCUGGAUCAAAAUAUCUAAACCUGAAUCCGUACGAGGUUUUACAGGUCCCUACUGAUGCCAAUGAAGAAGUUAUCAAAAUAGCCUACAAAAGGUUGUCAAUAUUGGUUCAUCCUGAUAAGAAUUUGGAAGAUCGCGAAAGAGCACAGAAGGCAUUCGAAGCUCUAAGCAAGGCCAACAAAACUCUCAAAGACGGAGAUCAAGUUAAAAAAAUUAAGCAUGUUAUAGAAGAGGCUGAGGCCACAGUUGAAAAACAGCUAAGAGAAAAACGCAAGGAGGCUAAAAAGCUUAAUAUUGAUAGCAUCGAAGAAGACACAGACCCAGAAAAAUACUACAAAUUCAAGAGGGCAAUAACUGCAAAAUUAUUCGCUGAUUACGAAAUUAGGAGGUUGCAACUCGAAGAGAGGACACAGAGUGAAAGGAAAAGGGAAAGAGAAGCAGAAAUCGCCGAGGAAGAGGAAGUGAAAGCCAAAAAGGAAUGGCAGAAGCAAUGGGAUGAAGGAAGAAACGAGCGUGUGGAUAGUUGGCGCAGUUUCCAAACCUCCAAAAAAAAGAAAAAGGAGAAGACCAACCGAAUGAAGCCUUUCAAGCCCCCGUCACUGAAACCUGAAACAAGAGACUAAACCUUAAGGUUAGUCAGGAAACCGGGGCUACUGUAGUUAUAUUUGUAUGUAUAUAAGGUUUGUUUUUCUGAAGCAUGAUAAUUUGGUCAGUAGAAACAGCUUCUUUUUUUGGCAAAUAUUUUCAAGCAAUGUUAACUUCACAUCUGCGUAAUACCGCUUCAGCCUCACAUCAGCGUAAUAUCGCCUCAGCCUCGCAUCAGCUUAAUUUGGCUUCAGCCUCACAUCAGCGUAUUAUCGCUUCAGCCUCACAUCAGCGUAAUAUCGCUUCAGCCUCACAUCAGAGUUUUGUUGCUAAAUAUUUAAAGAUGAUUUUGCCUAGUAAGGAAAAUAACGACCAUCCGAAAUGUUUAGCAUUUUUGAAGAUUCUAGUUUGGGUUUUUUCAGUUUUACUCCUGAUUGCAUAUUAUAAUUCACAAUUCCUUUGUAAAAUGUUUCAUGGGUGCCAGCGCUGGAAUGUUUUGGUCUGUUCAUUCAAAUUCAUUAUUGAUAAACUACACUAUUUCUAUCCUUUAUUCAUGCUAUUGAUAAAAUUGCGUUAAAUGUGCAGGUCACUGUCUGAAAAGAAAGUAUUUAAUCGAGA